UCAGCCAAAACCUGGAGCUGCUGCAGGAAACAAGCAAUCUGCACAAAAAGGAGUAAAACGUGAACAGAAGAGAGAGACCAAAGUCAGUAUCACACAGCCCUCGGACGGGCGCUGCGGAGGUGACACAACGGGGCUGGGGCUCUGCGACCUGCAGCAAAACAUCUGCUCCAGCGCCUGGCACGUCUCUCUGAAGACAUUAGUCCUGGCUGCACCAUGAUCUCUGCUGUCCUCCUACUCUGGACGGUGCCCUGUGUGGCAAAUCACAUCCUGGGGGGCUUUGCCAAGGGCACACUGCAGGAAGGUGCCCAGCUGGCCUGCAGCCUGCCAGGCCCCCCCGGGCCCCCUGGUCCCCCCGGCGCGCCUGGGACUCCAGGGACCAUCGGCAGGAUGGGCUUCCCCGGCAAAGAUGGGAAGGACGGCAACGACGGGGAGAAAGGCGAGCAUGGAGAUGAAGGUCCUCAAGGCAGAACGGGAAAUCCAGGCAAGCCAGGACCAAAGGGGAAAGCAGGAGCCAUUGGCAAGGCAGGCCCACGGGGGCCCAAGGGCUUAAAGGGUAAUCCUGGAAAAAAUGGGGCACCCGGAAAGAAAGGGCCCAAAGGGAACAAGGGUGAGGCUGGGAUGCCAGGACCCUGCACCUGUGGUGCCAGCAAAGCCAAAUCUGCCUUCUCUGUAGCAGUCUCAAAGAGCUACCCAAGGGAAAGGCUGCCCAUCAAAUUUGACAGGAUCUUGAUGAACGAGGGAGGACAUUACAAUGCUUCCAGUGGGAAGUUUAUAUGCAGCAUUCCAGGUAUUUACUACUUCACUUAUGAUAUCACUUUGGCCAACAAGCAUUUGGCCAUUGGCUUGGUGCACAACGGGCAGUACCGGAUCAAGACUUUUGAUGCCAACACUGGGAACCACGAUGUUGCCUCUGGAUCAACCAUCCUUUCUCUGAAGGAGGAGGAUGAGGUUUGGCUGCAGAUCUUUUACUCAGAACAAAACGGGCUCUUUUAUGAUCCCUACUGGACAGACAGCUUGUUUACUGGCUUCCUCAUAUAUCCUGAUCAAGAUUAUCUCAACGAAAUAUAGGAUGAGAAACUAGCCUGUGGGAAAAAAAAUAACCAAAUGCACGAGAUCUCAGUCCAGCAAAGUGCAGCCUGUACAUGGACACGUGUGGGAUUAUCAUUUGAUUCCCCAUUUUGGCACUAACAGCCUGUACUGGCUAUUUAGACAUUUACUUGACAUCAUUCCCUAGUCCCCAGGGCUGGUACAAAUCACCUUGAAGCAGCCUCAUGAAUCUCUGAAUCUCGAAGGCGCCUGUUACAUUUCCCAUGAUGACUGUAACACACUGUGGACAUGUAACUCAAAUACUGAUUAGAAUGCUUUAUUAAUAUUGUUCUUAUAAAGCAUGGAAACAACAACCAUUUCCUGAAAGCUGAGCUCAGAAGUGCCAUUGAUGCUGGAGAUUGUAUCACCGCACCUCCUUCCCCUACACCCCAGAAGUGUUACAAUCUGUGUUAACAGAGUCACACUUUACCAACUACUUAAGAGUCAGUUAAAGUUGUCAGAGUAGCUCUCAGUCUCAUCAAAGCCGUACUAAUAAGCAUUUUAAGGCUAAAGGUAAGACUCAUCCUAAGACACAAGUUGUUGCACUGAGCAUGGUUGGCUUCAGCCUCAACAUACCAGUGCUGGAGUUCUGCACCUAGUUUCACACAAGUGUUGGUAAGCUGGGACCAGAGCCCAAACUGGACUGUGCAAGUCAAAUACCUGUGGGCCUCCAAGUCACAGUGGAGGAUGAACUUUACAGAUAAGAUUCAAAGACAGCAUGAUCCUUCACUCCAAAAACAGACUCCUUAAUAACCCACUUCCUUCAUCCCUGCCAGCUUUUGCUGGAAGAAGUUCUUUCUGGUGCUGCUGAGAUCAUCCUCAUGGGCUUAAUGUUACAGCUCUUACUGCUGCUUAGCUUUUUUGAUGCCGUAUGUCAAAUAUUACAGGUGCUCUAACUGCAAUGUGUUGGUUCUAAACCAAAGAAGAAAGAAAUCCCAAAACCCAAAAACCACACCAAACCCUAAUGGCCAAGCUUUUGAAGUUGAACUUUUGCUCAGCUGAGCUUUUUGAUUUUGCUAAGCUGAGAAUUAGCCAAUACAGAGACAUGCUCCAAAAUGAUUUGCUAUUAUCAGAGCAGAGGGUUCUCCUUUAUCGCUUGAUGAAAGCUGUAAUGAACUUCCAGCUCCUCUAAUCCUCACAUGUAGCCAUUGAAGGGAUAUCUCAGAAUAACAAGGAUUAUUUUUUUGUCUUACCAGUCAAAGCAUUUGCAUGAUUUUCAUGAAUUUACAGAAUGUAUUUCCAAAUACAUUUUAGAAAAUAAAG